AUGGGGGGAGACAACCAGAGACGCAUCUUCCAGCAAAUCACGCGCCUUGCUCGUUGCAAGGAGCGGUCCACAUUUCGGCGACGGAAACCACAACGAGAAUAG